CCCCUCCCCAGCCCCCAACAACGCACGCCCUCUCUCUCUGUUCCAGUGCUGUGUGUACUGUGGACUCUGAUGGGAGCUGAAUCCCAGAAUCCCAGUGGCUGCGCUCGCUGGUGCCCCCUGAACUCCAAAUGUGUCAACGCCACCGCCUGCCACUGCUCUCCGGGGUUCAGUGCUUCUUCUGGGGAGAUCUUCACCGACCAGUUGGAGAGUUGUGAUGACAUCAAUGAGUGUGGACCGCCCUUGGCAGUGUCCUGUGGAAAAUUUGCAGACUGCCAGAACACAGAGGGGAGCUACCACUGCGAAUGCAUUCCCGGGUACGAGCUUGCUUCUGGGGGAAAAACAUUCAAGAAUAAAAGUGAGAACACGUGUCAAGAGGUGGACGAAUGUCAGCGGAAACCCAGAAUCUGUAAAGGCCGAAGCAUCUGCGUCAGAACCCAGGGCGGCUUCACCUGUGUGUGCCCACCCGGCUUGGAGCCCAACAAGACAGACCCGGGCACGUGCUCAGACGUGAAUGAAUGUACUUCGGGGCAAAGCCCGUGCCACAACACCACCCACUGCCUCAACAACGUUGGGAGCUAUGAGUGCCGCUGCCGCCCUGGCUGGAAGCCCAUUCCCGGGUCCCCCAAUGGCCCAAACAACACCAUCUGUGAAGAUGUGGACGAGUGCAGCUCCGGUCAGCCUGUGUGCCACAACUCUACCGUCUGCAUCAACACUAUAGGCGCAUACAGGUGCCGCUGCCGCCGUGGCUGGGAGCCCAAACCCGGGUUCCAGAAUAUGCAAAUGAACACCACCUGUCAAGAGAUGUCCUUCCCACCCUGGACCCCACCCCCUGGGAUCCAGAGCCAGAGACUCACUAGCUUCUUUAAAGAGGUCCAAGAUCUGCGCCGAGACUUCAAGCCAGCCUUGGCUCAAAGCACCAUGGAGAACCUCAUCAAGUCCGUGGAUGACAUGCUGAACAGCAGUGACCUAGAGGACUUGCCCCUAUCUGAAAGGCACAAGAUGGCCACCUACCUGCUCUCUGAGCUUGAAAGAGUCCUGAGGACCCUGGCCAAGGCCAUGCCUGGAGCCUCCUUCACCUACAAUUCCUCUGAGGGCACAGAGCUGUCCCUGAUGAUCCAGGAGCAAGGGAACGGUAACGCCACCAUAGGCCAGAGCCAGGCACGGAUGUUGGUGGACUGGGCUGUGGCAGCUACAGCUGGGGACUCAGACCCCACCGUGAUGGGCAUCCUCUCCACCCGGAAAAUGCAUAAAUUGCUGGAGAACGCCUCCUUGGAGCUGGACUCCAAGAAGAAAGCUACGCUAAAAGACACCUACCAACGUCCUGUCCGUGGCAUCUGGUCCGAGCUCUUCUCAGCCGUCAACUUGGUGUUUCUGAGCAACACAAACACGGAGCACCUUGAUUCCUCGGUCACCUUUGCCUUCUCCCAUCAUCCCAGGACUGAAGAGGGGGCUCCGAAGACACCGGGACAUCGGGAGGAGCUGAUCUGUGCCUUCUGGAAGAGUGACGACCGAGGCGGAGGGCACUGGAACACCACCGGAUGCUCGACCCUGGGCACCCGGAACGACAGCACCACCUGCCAGUGCAGCCACCUGAGCAGUUUUGCCAUCCUCCUGGCCCACUAUGACAUAGUGGACCCGAAGCUGGCCUUGAUCACCAAGGUGGGACUCGCGCUGUCGCUGGUCUGCCUGCUGCUCUGCAUCCUCACCUUCCUGCUGGUGCGGCCCAUCCAGGGCUCGCGCACCACCGUGCACCUGCACCUUUGCCUCUGCCUGUUCCUGGGCUCCGCCAUCUUCCUGGCGGGCAUCGAGAACGAGGGUGGCGAGCAGUUGGGGCCGCGCUGCCGCCUGGUGGCCGGGCUGCUGCACUACUGCUUCCUGGCCGCUUUCUGCUGGAUGACCCUCGAAGGGCUCGAGCUCUACUUCCUGGUGGUGCUGGUGUUCCAGGGCCAGGGCCUGAGCAAGCGCUGGCUCUACCUGAUCGGCUAUGGGGUGCCCCUGCUCAUUGUGGGCAUCUCCGUGGCCGCCAGAAAGGAGGGCUACGGCCAGAAACUCUAUUGCUGGCUGAACCGAGAAAAUGGCUUCCUCUGGAGCUUCCAGGGACCUGUGAUCUUCAUCAUCCUGUGCAACGCCAUCAUCUUUGUGAUAACCGUCUGGAAACUCAUGCAGAAGUUUUCUGAGGUCAUCCCGGACAUGAAGAAACUUAAGAAGGCCAGGGUGCUGACAGUCACGGCAGUGGCUCAGCUCUUCGUGCUGGGCACCACCUGGGUCUUCGGCCUGUUCCUCUUUGACCCGCUGAGCUGGGAGAGCUGGGUGCUGUCCUACGUCUUCACCGUCCUCAACUGCCUGCAAGGUUUCUUCCUCUACAUCCUCCACUGCCUCCUCAACAAGAAGGUGAGGGAGGAGUACCGGAGGUGGGCCGGCUGGAUCACAGGGAACAAGUACUCAGAGUUCAGCACCUCCUCAUCCAACCAGACGCAGGCCCACAGGCCUUCGGAGUCCGGCAUGUGACAGCGCCGUCCCAGCCAGGCCAGGAGAUCCUGCGGCCUCAGCAGCUUUUGCACGUGUCAGAGACAGUUCCCUUGUCCCCCCUCCUCCAGCCUGCCUUGGCCCCCACGUGCAGCACAGAAAGCAGGGGGUGGCUUUCCUGGCACCGAAGCCCAGGAAACCCAGGCAGGUGGGGAGUGGACUUGCCGGGUCUGCUUCUGACUGCCCCCCACCUCCGCCCCGCUCUACCCCAGCCCGGACCCAGGGCGAAGGCAGGAGCCGGCCCAGGGCAGCGGCCCCUUCCCCUGCUACACAAGGCCUGGCAGACUGAGGACGCUGUGCCCAGCCGGGCCUCUUCCCCUCAUCUGUCUUUGCUACAAAACAGGAGGACAGGGUGCUGGAACUUUGGUUCCCCCUUAAGCUAAGACUGUGUGUGGCCAGGGGUGGGGGAGGGCCGAGCCCCUCCCCAGCCCCACGGCCCCAGGCUCACGGUACAGAGGCCCAUCUGCCCCUGGAGGCAGAAGGCUCUCACUCGUUCUGAAGGUUAUGGAUGUUGUAUGUUCUUUUUUUUUUAAUCUGUAUAAACUUUUCAAUGUUGACACUUAACAUUAAAGAGCCUACUGAUAACACACA